GGGUAUGAAUGAGUGGAGCUCCCUGGAAGGAGGCUCCAGGAGUAAAGAAAUUAAGGGGGAGACUGAAUAAAGCCAACAUUUGUUGGAUAAAUGGAAGAGUGAUCUGAUAGGAGUAGUGAGCAGAACAGAGACGAGACUAGCAACAUUGGACAAGGUUUUCCAAAGGCAGGAAAAGGAGAUCAUAGAGCCAUUCUGACCUCUGCUUCUUAUCCUAGAGUCAUGGAUCCCCAAGAAAUGCCUGCUGUGCCCAGCUGCCCCUCCAACUUCGAAUACAACGCCAUGAGUGAGACCAGAGGCACCUGGGGGCUUCAGUUCGUCCCCAGAGGAGCUGCAGGUCUCUCUGACCCCUGUCACAGCUAUGGAAUCUCUACCACAAUUGGGGGCCAGGAGCGUAUCUGCCACUUCCGUGCCUGCCAGUGUCACAAUUGUGUCUUCUCGGAACCCUGCAUGGCCUUGCCUGCUAUGAAUACACUGAGGAGGGAGCAGGGGCCAGAACCCACGAAGCAGCUGACUCAUGGAGUGAUCAAGAGCAUGCCUGUUGCUCCUGGGGCUCCCGUCCACAUCAAGAAUACAGCCGUGGAAGCAGGAGUCCACACUGGGAAGGUGGACGUGAUGCCCCAGCCACAGGCCUACCCUUGCUACACCCCUAAUUUGGGAACAUCUCCAGGGAUGUUUAGCCAUCCUCCAGAACCUACAUUUCCACCCUCUGCUCCAGUGACCAUGGAUUUGCCACGGGUAUUUGCUAAUUCUGGACAGCCACAAUGGCCCCAUCUGCCAGAUCAGUGCUCAAGUCUGACCCAUCAGCCCUGUGCCACACUUGAUCCUUUUCAACUGCAGCCACAGGUCCCCAAAGCCCCUGAGCUGGCCUUGGUUGCUGCUUCUGAGUGGCAACAGAAGCUGGAAGCCGCUGAGGCACUGCUGACUCUGAGAAACUCCUUUCUAGUGCCACGUGAGCCCAUGACGCUGGCCCAGCCCCGCGGCCUACCAGAUCCUGCUGGAGAAAGAGUGCUGCAAUCUCCCUUUCCUGCUCUGUGCCCCAGGCCAGCCACCUCCAACUCAUUGUCUGGUGGACAUCUGGGCUGGAGCUCUCUAUGAGCUAGGACCACAGAGGAUGAAGCAUAGCUAGAGCAUAGCAUAUUUGAUAUCCUGUUCUGAUUUGUGUAAUGAUUACUGCUAAAUCCUGAGCAUCAUUUGUUAGAUUUACAUGCAUUUUAUAAACUUGUUAAUUAGUGGGGCAAUUCUUUGGUUGAGGUUGGAUACUCUUGUACCUUUAUCGUUUAUUCAUUUGAAUACUUGCAUGCUUUUUAUACCUCUGUUAAAACAAAAUUGUAUACCAUAAUGAGAUGAAUAGAUUAUAGGAUGUCUCAUUGAUUUUUGUUUGCCAACUUAUUGCUUUUUCUUGCUAUUGUAGACAUAGCUGUGCACUCACAUCUGUAUUCAGGCAUGCAUAAACAUGAGCAUGGCUUUAGUUUGUGUCUAGGUGUGUGUUCUUGGACAAAUAAUAAACUCUAGCUAU